GGUCAUGCCUUCGUCAUCCUAGGAAACGCAAAAUGUUCAACGGAAACCCACGACGCUGCUGUUGGGAAUAUAGCUAACGGUGCUAACGGCUAGUCGCUUUAGAUGAUUUAAGAGCUGCAGUUACCACAAUUGUGUCGCAUUUUAAGUUUCCGACCUGUAGAUAUCCUUCAAACUGACAUAAAUUUUAACUUUGAUAAACGACGAGUCCGAAUUCAAGUUUUUAAACAUGAUUUCGCUGGCAGCUAACGUUAGCUACAUAGCCAUCUAGCGUCAGCUAGCGGUUGCCUUAACAACAGAGAGGAAGCUAAACAAACUCGGCUCACAAGCUCACAGCUAGCGGGCUAGCUCAAUGCUAGGGGGCUAAAUGAGUCCAAGGAAUUGCUUUAGUCUUUUAUUAUUUAGACAUUUAGCUGUGUGACUGGCAGACCGAUCAUGGCGGAGGACGGUAGACGGGGAGAUGAAGAGGACCGCGGUCCCGGAGCAGCGCACCAGCUGUUUGUAGUAAUGGAGUGUUUGCUGGAGAAGUUGAAGGUGUUGAACUACGAGGAGGAAGUUCUGGCUAAACACAACAUGAAAAAUAUGUCCAGGCAUUACUUUGUCUCCAGUCCAUAUCUGGCGUGCAACUCGGGCGAGCAGUUCUUCAUGUUCACCAUCAUCGCGGCGUGGCUCAUCAACGAGGCAGGGAGGCCGUUCACCGAGCCUCAGGAGUACGACGAACCCAACGCCACCGUGUCCAACAUCCUGGCAGAGCUCAGGGCUUUCGGGGUUAAGGUGGACUUCCCGCCCUCCAAACUGAAGUCCGGUUCAGGUGAACACGUCUGCUUCGUGUUGGACCGGCUGGCUGAAGAAGCCCUGAAGAGGAGGGGCUUCUCCUUCAGAAGACCAAACUACCCAACAGAAACCACAGAAGAAGAGUCCGUGCUAGAGGACGACGCAGAGCUCACACUCAGCAAAGUAGAGGAGGAGAUGAUCGAGGAGCCUGAUGAUGAGGAGGAGAACGUGAUGGACCUGGAAGCUCUGAAGCUACGAACCACUCACACUGAAGCAGAACCCUCCUCCAAGCCGGACGAGAUUCUUGAGUCCACGGUUGAUGCAGCAGAGUGGAACCUGGAGGUGGAGCGAGUCCUGGCCCAGCUCAAAGUUACCAUCAGGACUGACAACAAGGACUGGAGGAUCCACGUGGACCAGAUGCAUCAACACAAAGACGGGAUCAAGUCCUCGCUCAAAGAGGCCAAGAGCUACCUGGACAAGCUGCAGGAGGACAUCGGUAAGACUCUGGAGAAGGUGGGCAGCAGAGAGAAAUACAUCAACAACCAGCUGGAGCAUCUGAUCCAGGAGUACCGCAGCGCUCAGGCCAAACUCAGCGAGGCAAAGGAGCGCUACCAGCAGGCCAGCGGAGGGGUGACUGAGAGGACCAGAGUCCUGGCAGAGAUCAGUGAGGAGCUGGAGAAGGUGAAGCAGGAGAUGGAGGAGAAAGGCAGCAGCAUGUCUGACGGAGCUCCGGUGGUGAAGAUCAAGCAGAGUCUGACCAAGUUGAAGCAGGAGAUCGUUCAGAUGGACGUGAGGAUCGGCGUGGUCGAGCACACGCUGCUGCAGGCCAAACUCAAAGAGAAGUCCAACAUGACACGCGACAUGCACGCCACCAACAUCUCCGAGCCCGUCGCCGGGCCCUUCGCUUAGGUUCACCUCCACACUGGGCACCUGAGCCAAAACAAAAACCUAAAUCUCACGUGAACUGAAAGGGCUGAGGCGCUCGAUGUUUGAGCCCUAAAACUUCCUGGAGUUUCAUUUUGAAAA